AAGUCGAUAUUGUUAGAUUCCUGGUUCAUUUUUCAAAGAACUUUUCUUCCUCUUCAAACACAACAGUUGAAGUGUUAUAUUCACUCUUACACAUCCCUUUUGUUCUAGUCUCUAGCGGUUGCUUUAAGAUGUGGAAACUUGAACUGAAAUCUUAACUAUUAGAAAGUGAUAUAUAGCAACAAAAUUUUCCAUAUUUCUAACAACCAUUAGGUGAGAGUGAAGACAUAUCUAGAAUUCCCUACAAGUCAUUUUUUUCUCUCUACAAUACCAUACAUUCAUUCUGCAUAGCUUUUUCAUUAAGCACAUUAUUCACCAAUGAGGUUUCUUAUCUCAUUUCUCUGUGUUCUUGUGUUAGUCUCUUAUGCCGUUGCUUAUGAUCCUAUGGAUCCAAAUGGAAAUAUAACGAUCAAAUGGGAUGUUAUGUCGUGGACACCAGAUGGCUAUGUGGCGACGGUAACGAUCAACAAUUUCCAAAUGUUUCGACAUAUAAUGAAUCCGGGAUGGACGUUAGGAUGGACAUGGGCUAAGAAAGAGGUUAUAUGGUCGAUGGUAGGAGCUCAAACGACAGAACAAGGAGAUUGUUCUAAAUUCAAAGGAAAUAUACCUCAUUGUUGCAAGAAAAUUCCCACAGUUGUAGACCUUCUACCUGGUGUACCUUACAACCAACAGUUUUCAAACUGUUGUAAAGGUGGAGUUGUUGCGGCUUGGGGACAAGAUCCUUCGCAAUCUGUAUCCGCUUUUCAAGUUAGUGUAGGACAAGGUGGAACCUCGAACAAAACGGUUAAACUUCCGAAGAAUUUCACUCUUUUGGCUCCUGGACCUGGUUAUACUUGUGGUCCUGCAAAGGUUGUUCCUUCCACGGUUUUUCUUACGACUGAUAAGCGCCGCAAGACUCAAGCGUUGAUGACAUGGAAUGUUACAUGCACAUAUUCACAAUUUCUAGCAAGAAAGAAUCCAAGUUGUUGUGUAUCUUUAUCAUCCUUCUACAAUGAAACAAUUACACCUUGUCCCUCUUGUGCAUGUGGCUGCCAAAACAAGAAGAACUGUGUAAAGAGUGACUCAAAAAUUCUGAGCAUGGUUGGAGUUCACACUCCAAAGAAAGACAAUGAAGCAUUGACGCAAUGCACUCAUCAUAUGUGUCCAAUUAGAGUUCAUUGGCAUGUGAAGACUAACUAUAAGGACUAUUGGCGCGUCAAAAUCGCAGUAACGAAUUUCAAUUACAGGAUGAACUAUACUCUCUGGACUCUUGCUAUUCAACAUCCAAAUCUUAACAAUGUCACACAAGUUUUCAGCUUCAACUACAAGCCACUUCUUCCCUAUGAAUCCAUAAAUGACACAGGAAUGUUCUAUGGAAUGAAAUACUUCAAUGAUCUACUAAUGGAAGCUGGACCAAAGGGAAACAUUCAAUCAGAAGUAUUACUUCAGAAAGACAAAAAAUUCACAUUCAAACAAGGAUGGGCAUUUCCUCAUAAGGUUUACUUCAAUGGUGAUGAAUGCAUGCUUCCUCAUCCUGAUACAUACCCUUUUCUCCCUAAUUCCUCACCCGCAACCAUAGCUACUUUCAAAGCACUCAUCUUCUCAUUACUUUUAUUGCUAGCAGUUUCGUAGACCGAUUGUUAUUAUUGUCUCAGAACUAUUUUCUGAACAUUUUGAAGCAAUGUAUAUCGAUACAGAUAACACAAUGAUAGAUAUGAAAACGCGAGUCGUUCUUUGAAAAUCCAAAUCCAUAUUGAGCAUCGAA